CACUGUCGGUGCCAUCUGCCGUGGAGCACAGCAAUCGUCCGGUGUGCCUUCGUGCUCCCAUGUCGAACCAACUGCAGAUUCUCAUCCUCCGUCGGUUCAAGUGAAACACCGACGCGGGAUGCCAUCGAGAACAAAGCGGCGACAUGGACAGCAUGAUCACCACCGUCGACCCCGUCAACCGCAGCCAGAAUGAGAGCCGCAACGCAAGCGGCGCAGAAGGCUCAGAACUCUGCGUGCAGGGACGCAGGAACAGGGAGGAGCGAGGAAGAAGACGGCGGGAUCUGGCGCAGGGCAAAACAGCACCGGCGCGAGCAUGGGCCAGUCUCUGAUAAAGCUCUUCUUCGACAAUUCCUGCCAUAAAGAAGUGAAGGUUGUGAUGCUCGGGCUGGACGCCGCCGGCAAGACGACGAUCCUGUACCGGCUGCACGUCGGCGAGGUUCUGUCGACGGUGCCGACGAUCGGUUUCAACGUGGAGAAAGUGGAGCACAAGAACGUGGCCUUCACGGUCUGGGACGUGGGAGGGCAGGACAAGCUGCGGCCGCUCUGGAGGCAGUACCUGAGCAACUCGGACGCCUUGAUAUACGUGGUUGACUCGAUGGACAGGGACCGGAUUGGGGUUGCCAGGGAGGAGUUCCAGGCCGUCGUCAAGGAUCCGCUCAUGCUCAACAGCGUCAUCCUGGUGCUCGCCAACAAGCAGGACAUGAAAGGGGCGAUGAAACCGCCGGAGGUGGGGCAGCGCCUGGGCGUGUACGAGCUCAAGAACCGGACGUCGCGCGUGGUGGGGGCCUGCGCGCUCACCGGCGAGGGCCUGCUCGAGGGGCUCGGCUGGCUGGCGGCGACGCUCAAGGACGCGCACGCGUGGGGAAGCGCCGUCCGCUUCUAGCUUUUGCCGAUAGCAGCUGCGUUCCGUGCGCAGGAUCGAGUGCUCGGAUGCAGACUGAUUUUGCUCACUUGUGUUUGCGUUUAAGGACACGAGAAUUGCCCAUUUUGUCGUGCAUAUCUGCCAGUUUUGCUUGCAUAUAGUAUGUGCUUUUUCUAAGGAAAAAAAAGGGAAUGAUUUG